AUGGUGGCGACCCAUUUGAGAAAAUCAUUCAAUCAAUCUUACACGUUAUCAGUUACCCUUGGUUUAGAUGAAAUCACUUCGGGUAAUGUCUUGCAGGAGAAAUUUGUAUCAUCAACCACAUUGGUUAGCAAUGGACGCGUGGAUAUUAGAGGGAAAAUUGCAGAUAAAAAAACAACUGGAGGAUGGAAGGCAUCUCCGUUUAUCAUAGUUAAUGAGGUUGCAGAGAGAUUGGCAUUUUUCGCAAUAGCGGUGAACAUGGUGGUUUAUCUGGUUUUUGAAAUGCACCAAUCGCUUCCAUCUGCAGCGACUCAUGUGACUGAUUGGAUUGGAGCUGCCUAUGUUCUAGCUCUACUUGGAGCAUUUCUUGCCGAUGCUUAUUUGGGUCGAUUCUUGACGAUCAUUAACUUUUCUUGCAUAUAUGCAGUGGGAAUGGUUUUGUUGACGCUAUCAGCCUCCGUAGACAGCCUACGUCCGCCUCCAUGCACUGCCAGAGCAUGCAUAAAAGCAACAGGGAAACAAUCAGCUUUUCUCUUCGUUGCACUAGCUCUUAUAGCCCUUGGAACCGGCGGUAUCAAGCCAUGCGUUUCAUCAUUUGGAGCAGACCAGUUCGACGAAACUGAUGAAAAAGAAGCCCGUAAGAAAUAUUCGUUCUUUAACUGGUUCUUCUUUGCCAUAAACAUGGGUGCUCUCUUGGGUAUCACUCUUUUGGUAUAUAUAAAAGAUAAGAAAGGUUGGGGGUGGGGUUUUGGAGUUCCUACUGUGGCUAUGGUUUGCUCUAUUUUCAUCCUAGCUGCUGGAAUGCCUUAUUAUCGUUUCCAAAAGCCCAUGGGAAGUCCUUUUACAAGGUUUCUUCAGGUCAUUGUGGCUUCUGUCAGGAACCAUUUUAAAGGGGCUCAAUUAGGACGUGAAGAUGUCUUAUAUGAGGUCAAUACACUGGAGUCUGAUAUUUCUGGUGCUCAAAAACUCGCUCAAACCAAACAGUACAGAUUCUUGGAUAAGGCAGCUGUGGUGAUGGAUUCUGAAGCUAACACUAAAAACCGUUGGAGACUCUGCACAGUGACCCAAGUAGAAGAAUUCAAGUCCUUCAUUAGAAUCCUCCCUGUGUGGGCAUCCACAAUAGCCCUUUCCAUCUCAUUUGCCCAACUCUCAACCUUCUUUAUCAGCCAAGCCUCCAUCAUGGACCGAAAACUUGGUCCCAACUUCACGAUUCCAGCAAGUUCAGUCCCUGUCUUCAGCGCCAUCAACGCGCUCAUACUCGUCCCUAUCUGCGAAAAAUUGAUGGUCCCAAUCCUACGCAAACUCACCGGCCAUCGCCGUGGCAGUACAUCUUUACAAAGAAUGGGUGUUGGCCUAUUCACAUCCAUCUUUGCCUUGACCUCAGCUGCUUUAGUUGAGAAGAAACGUCGUGACCAUCCAAAUCCAUCGUCUAUGAGCGUGUUUUGGCUGCUUCCACAGUUCUUCUUAAUAGGCACUGCAGAGGUUUUUACUUAUGUGGGACAAUUGGAAUUCUUUUACGAUGAAGCGACUGAUGGGACGAGAAGCAUAAGUAGUGCAAUGUUUCUUACCGAGAUUGGAAUUGGGAGUUGGUUAAGCUCAGCAAUUGUUAAAAGCAUUGAGCGUGCAACUGGUGGGGAACAGACAGGAUGGCUAAGAAAUGAUCUUGACAAAAGCAGGCUGGAUUAUUUCUACUGGAUAUUGGCAGCAAUCAAUGCUGCUAAUUUCUUGGAUUACUUGUGGGUGGCUUGGCGAUACAAGGGAAAGAAUGGCCUGGGAGGGAGCGUCGUCAGGGUUGAGGCCAUGGUUGAGACGUCUGAUGAUGAUCAUCAUCAAGUGACAAAGAAAGAGGAUGAUAAAGGGGAGUUUCAAAGCCUGGUGCUGUGAAAUCUAAAAUUAGUUACUUCCAUUUAUGAUGUAUGACUUAUUUCACUUUAUUUGCAAAUGAACCAAAUCAAUUGUUUUCCUAAUUUAAAAUACUGUAUUGCUUUGUAUUAAAAGAUUUACAUGAUGAAAACCUAAUAAACUAUUUGAGAUGCCCAAA